CGCCGAAACACUUCGGUUCAGUUCAUAUCUUGAUUCCCACCGAGCGGCUGCCGCGCGGCCCGACCGCCAACCGCCCGAUCGCGCGUUUAAAACGCCGAGAACAACACACUCCCUACUUUCUUCAUUCUUUAAAUAAACCAGUGUAGAGCCAGUGACAAUAUGUUCCUACAGUUAUAAUAUCAAGUGAUUGCGGUAUUCAUUAUAUAUUUAUAGUAACAAAAUGGAAAGAACUGAAAAAAUGGAAAGGAAAAGGAGUCGGCGGGCCUCGCUGUCGGCUGAGCAGCGACGGAAGCUGAGCAUGCUCCGGUCUUCGAGCAUCCCAUCACCGCUGACACCGGUGAGCCACAUUUACCAUUUGGUACCCUGCCCGAGAAAAGACUGUAAUCAGAAAUAUGUCGUCAGCACAGAUCGGAGUGGAGAUAUCCAUGUGCAUGUACAAGGGGACUUGAGCCAACAGGAUAAAAGAUGUGUAUUCUUGACAGUGCACGAUCUGGGGACCAAUCAUUCGACAAUGGUUGACUUCGUGAACAGUCCCGCGAUGUCAGAGAUCAAGGAGCGUUCCUGUUUCAUCCACGUGGAUGUGCCAGGGCACGAGGAGAACUCGCCAGAUCUGCCAGACUCCUACCAGUUCCCGUCACUCCAAACAUUGGGCGAAGAUCUGAUAACAGUGUUGGACUUCCUCCACGUGCGCUAUGCAGUUGGCUUGGGGGAAGGUGCAGGCGCCAAUGUUCUCGCCAGGUGCGGGCUGGCCCAUCCGAGGCGUCUCUUGGGCCUGAUCCUUGUCAACUGCACAGCCUCCACCUCCUCAGUGGCUGAUGCUUUCCGCAGUCGGUUCUCCCGAUGGCGAGGAGCUGAUAUCUCGCAGUCCGAAGAGGACUUUCUCAUCUACCAUAAGUUUGGCCACCAAAUAUCAAGUGACCCGUUGGAGGCAGGUGAACGUGACCGCACCCUGGCGGAGUACCGGUCUCGACUGCGCGGAAACCUCAACACUCAUAACAUCAAGCAGUAUGUUCGAGCGUUCAUCAAUCGUAAGGAUCUGGUGCUUCGCGGUUGUCAGCCAGAUAUCCUCCUCAUCACGGGCAUGCUAAGCCCCUACUCGACUGUCAUUGAGAAGAUGUACAAGGAGUUGGACAAAGAGAGGGUCACCAUUCUUAAGGUGGAUCGAGCUGGCGAUGUCUUGGCUGAAACUCCAGCUAAGAUAGCGCAGUCUCUGCUACUGUUCUGCCAAGGUCAGGGUUUGCUGACAUCACUGCCCCCACCAGGGGUGGAACGUCGCAUGUCCCGCGCCAUGUCGAUGGAAGAGUACGACAAACCCAACAUUCGUCGUCUCUCUCUCACCCCAAGCGUGGCAGAGUCACCCCCGCACAGGAAACUCUAGCUGAAGAGAUCCGACUCCUUACUCGAGGAGACGGUGUAAGAGGAUUUACUCUGAAGAUUGGGCGUUUUAGGAUACGUAGUUUUCUGUAUUAAAAUAUAGAUGGCAUUACUUGCACGCAGUGAAAGUUCAUCGCACGUCAAGUUUCACUCGUGCUUCAAACCUUUAUUGACCUUAAAUUAUUAUUAAUUAUGUAAUAUUUAGAGAAAUAAAAAAAUUGCACAUUAUAUAGAGUUGGAGAAGUAAGUAAUGAGAUGUCUAGAAAACGCCUAUCUUAAAAAAAAUUUUCGUUUUUUUACUAUCAUGUUAAUAAUUUAAACAUGUCUAAUGUAGGUUUGUUUUAGUAUUCGUAUUAGGUUAGAAGAAUGAGCGUUAUUGUUGCAUUAAAAUACAUAAUAUAACAUAUCGAAGGCAUUGUUACAAAUGUCUUUUUGUAUAGUUAUAAUUAUUGCAUAAUUUUUUGUACUUUGAUAUUACAGUAUCAUUUUGAAGAGCUUUACCCAUUGAAUUUUUUUGGCUUAUCCUCGUAAAAUGUUUAUACAAUAUAUUAUUAACGCUUAUUAAGUCGAGAAACGAUCAAGAUUUAUAUUAAAAUUAUAUUUUUAAAUCAAUAUUAUACUGAAUAAAGAUUGAUAAUGAAUUUAUUAAUAAUAUUUUAAUAGAAAGUUAAAGAUUAUUUAUUGUAUUCUAAACUUGUUUUUUUUUAAUAGGAAAUAUACUACCCAAUAUGUCUGAAGGAAAACAGUAUAUUAUUAAGGUAUACAUAGCUAAAAUGCACCUUAUAUUCAAAUGGAAACAGAUCACAAUGCAUCGCUAGUCUGUUGUUUUAUUGCAAGAAUGUGUUACAGUUUUAUUUUGUUACGUAAAUUAUUAUAUUUCAAUAAAAUGCUACUUUAUUAAAAAUUAUCGUAUUCUAUUAUCUGUACAAAGUAUGUAAUAUCUAGAAUAGUUUAAAUACUAGGUAUUAAGUGUAUAAGAUUACAUUGAUAUUUAAUUCAGAAUAAAUAAAUAUACUUCUAGAUUGAA